AUUUACGUUACCAGCCUCAUCUCAGGUGCUGGAAUAGACGUUGAUCACAAAAUAAAUGUGAAAACAAAAAUCGCUCAACGGUCGAAAAAAGAAAUAAUGAAUAUAAAAUUAUCAGAAUUAAACUAGCAAAACCCUGUGACCGCAUUGAUAACGGGUGCAGCCUAUCCAUUCUCAAGCUCUUCAUGUUCCUUCGUCCUCUCUCUUUCACUGCUUGAUUUUUCAUUUAUCAUUUUUCUGCGAUUCUACAAUUUUCCUCUCUCUUUUCCCCCUGGUUUCUAUUUGGAACGCAGAUAAUUUAAGCUCAUUAGAAUCGCAUGGAGGUGGCCAGUAUUGACUGGAAAAGCAUAGAUUCAAGAUUUGUCAAGGACGAGCUGUACGAGCAUAUAAAUGCACCAAAAUGGGUUGAUUUCUCUGCCCCAGAUCAGCCCCUUGAUGACGUCGCCUGGUUUUGUCGUUCAAGUUGUAAGCACCCAAAGACAGCUGAAGAUUUCUUAAAUGAGGAGAAGAGGACGCCCACUUCCAACUCUAAGUUAAUUGCUUUAUUACAGCACCGGAGAUCAGUUAGCGUAUCCGACAUUCCUCCACUCGGUGAUAAAUUGAAGAGAGAUGCAACACUCAAGAAGAGAGGGUUAAAUCAACCCUUUGGUUUAUCGAACAAGGCUACCAAGCACAACAGGGACAUUGAGGACGGCGAAAAUCAAGACCCCAAUUUAUCGACCCCCACAAACCACAAAGCUAUAAAAGCCGUAAAAGAGGCAAUUAAAUCCAGUGCAGAUAACAAAUCAACCAAAGACAACCCAAUGAUGAAGAGCGAACGAGCGCCUAAGCUCAGAAGCACUUUAUCAGCUAGAAACCUGUUCUCAGGCGGGGACACUAUACUGAAUAAAGUAGCUGAGUUUUGCAACGACUUGAAGAAACUGGCGGUUCGUGCGAGAAAUCGGGAGAAUAUGGAUUGUGAUGAUGUGAAAAGUCAGCAGGGGGCUCAAGAUCUUGCGGAUGAGAAUUUAGAUGCUUUGAAUGAUCAAGAAAAGGAGAGAAAGCCGUUGCUGGAGUUGAAUAAAGAGAAAAGUGAGGUGUUGGGGACCAGCAGUGUGUCUACGGUGAAGCUGAGGAGGAAAAAGAAUGGAGAUGGAGAGAACACCCCAAUUCGUGUUGAUACGAAGAAUGUUAAAGGCCAAGAAUCGGUGAAUAAGUUGUUGCAUAUUCGGACUUGUCCACCAACCCCACAGUGUUUUUCUGCCGGCCAGGGGCAUUCUACAGCAUCAACGCCUAAACCCUCGAGAAUUAGGCCUCCUCUGAAUCAGGAGAGAGCUAAACUACAAGAUGUGAAGGAGAUGAACAAGGAGAUAAACAGGGUUGCUGCUGAAAAAGAUGCGAGAUCUUUAGACGUCUUCUGGUUUCUAAAACCAUGCACUCUUUCAAGUUAAGAGUAUAAAAUGAUAUAGAGGAAAUAAAUGGGGCACAGAAAAUUUGCAUAUUUAUUAAGUCUAUUCUUUUCAUUCUUUUGUUUAUAUUUUUCGCCAUACAUUUAUUUUUUGUAUUAUCGAUUACCAAUUCAUUUGUUACUCGGGAGACUGGUUAAAAAUAAUAAAGUUGUUUACCAUGAUGCUGUGUUCAAAUUUAAUUUUCAGCAAAUAAUUAUGAUUUCGAUCUUUCCUUUUCUCUAUAUGUUGCAGACCGGUAGCCUGGCGGAAGCCAUAGUGAUUUUCUUGAAAAAUAUUUGAACAGGCAGUCUGGUAUAAUGGUAUAUAUUGAUUGCAGUUUAUUAUGUAAUGUGAGUCAGACAUUUGUUUUUUUUUUUUCUUUU